CCGGAAGCUCUACGUGAGGAACAUCUAUCGACAGGAGCCGAUUUUUUUAUGGUUUUGCUGGCAGAAGACUUUCACACCAUGUUGGAAGGGGUCGGGGUAGUCGGGACAGGGGCCAUGACUAGUAUUCUUAUCAGCACCUUGCAGGCAGUGGGAAUUAAGGUUGUUGCUCUGUGGGGUCCUACAGAUCAGGAGGCCAAGGAGUUGGCCCGCCAGUACCGUAUCCCAUUUCACACCAGCAAAGUGGAUGAAGUUCUCCUACACCAGGAAGUCGACCUUGUCUGGGUGACCUGCCCUCCUCACCUCCAUGGAGAGGUCGCGUCGAAGGCCCUCGGGAUAGGGAAGCAUGUCCUGUGUGAGCGGCCUGCUGGAUUGAAGCAAGCAGAUGCGGUGAAAAUGGUGACAGCUGCUCGUUACUACCCCUCGCUGGUGUCCAUUAUGACGCAUGGGUUGAGGUUCCUGCCUGCUUUCGUGAGAACAAAACGUAUGAUCCAGGAGGGUGAGAUUGGUGAGGUGUUCCUCUGCGAUGUGAAGCUCUCCUGUGGGAGCUUGCUGACUGACAAAUUCAACUGGAUGUGUGAUGAGAACAUGGGUGGUGGCUUGUUGAAUAUCCUAGGGUCACAUAUAAUUGACAUUGUCAGCUUCCUCGUCGGGCAGAAAGCAUCGAAAGUACGCGGGAUGCUGAAAACGUUCAUCAAACAGAAUGACCGGAUCAACGGAAUCCGGCACAUCACAAGCGAUGACUUCUGUACAUUCCAGAUGGAGCUCUUUCGUGGGGCUUGCGCCACCAUAACAUUGAAUGGACACUUUCCAGGACAGUUUAAGCAGGAGAUUAUGGUGAUAGGUUCCGAGGGGCGAUUGCUUAUCAAGGAUGCGGACUUAUACGGGCAGACAUCAUCCCAAACAAGGGAGACAUUGCUCAUGGCUGAUAUUCAACAUGUGCCUGAACGCCAGAAAUACAGCAUGGCUCCAACGCCAGAGCUGCCCCUCCCCUACUACAAGGGGCUCUUGAAACUCACAGAUGCCCUAAAGGAAUCCUUUGAGAGAAAGAAAGAGAGACUUAACUGGGAUGGCGAACCUGUAGCGUUUGCUGCGACCUUUGAAGAUGCCCUCUAUGUUCAGACAGUGUUAGACGCGAUCAGGAAAUCAGACAUUUCAGGGAACUGGGAAUCAGUGGAGACGUUGAGUGAGGAGAGAAAUGGGAGGAGCUUCUUCCUUUCAUGAAAAUCAGCAUUUUUCUAGGUAUCCAGAGUUGAAUGCGAAUGUAAUUUUGAAAUAUAUUUAUUAUAAUUGUCAGCUUAUUCUUGCUCGGCAUGUAGCCUAGGUGUACAUACAGUGUGCUAAAUAUAAAGUAUGGUUGCAUGAUUGGAUUCUAAUAUACAUGUAUAGCAUUAGCAGCAUUUCUUGAUGAUAUGCACCGGAUGCUGUAAUGGGCCAAAGAGAAUAUAUAUUCCCAGUUUUUAAUACUGUACAUGUUUUUCCCUGCAAGAGAGGAGGGGUCCCUUGUAUCUUUAUCUAUUUUGUAUUUUUUAAUGAUUGCUUUCAUAUUUCCUGAUCAACAUACUUCAAUCGGUAUCGCCCAUAUGGGGGGGGGGGGUGUCAAGUGAUACUAAUUUUCACACAAGAGGGACUUUAAUAGAAAAUUGAGGUGAGGAUGAAAAGCUAAGAAUCUUUUUUUACAUACACUGAGAUAGAUUUCGAAAUAUCUUCUCAUAUUCACUCAGUAAGAUUUUUUUUUUGUAAUAACUCUUAGAUAGCUGAAGUGCAAUGCCAGAAGUUGUUUAAAAUGUCUUUUAUAUAAUGCAGGGGAUUGAGUCAUUGAGAGUUUUUAAAGGAACCUUUCUUUUUUAGUAUAACACUAGCAUAUACAUUUUUAACUAUCAUAAGAUUUAACCUGCAGGAAUAUUAUCAUUCCAGUUUUUAAGUUUUGUCCAUUUUUUUAAUAAUAUGUGUAAUACAUGUAGUAUUGUACCGGUAGUCACCUUCAACAAAAAUGUACUUAGUUAAUAAUUAUAUCAUCUCGAAAUGCGGGUAAUAUAUACCGGUAGAUAAAUUACCAAUACAUUUUUGAAUUUUAUGGGAAUAUACUAUAUGUAGUUAAAGUGAAUUUCCUUCUCAGUCUCAAAUUUUAAUGUUCUCUCUUUUACUUUUUAUUUAUAUGACCAAGAUCAUUGUUCAAUAAAUGACUUACCGGUAUGUUAUUUAAUUCCAUUAGGCGCUAUGGCUCAGUGAAAGAGCAGUGGUCUCGUAACGAUGUUGAUGCGCUAGUGCCUUUUUGGUAAGGCAUUUAUCCUCAUUACCAAGUCCC